AUGUCCUGCAACAGCCUGUGUGUGCCCAGCUGCGGGGUGGCCACCCCGGCCCCUCUGGCUGACACCUGCAACGAGCCCUGCGUGCGGCAGUGCCCCGACUCCACGGUGGUCAUCCAGCCCCCGGCCUCGGUGGUCACCUUCCCCGGGCCCAUCCUCAGCUCCUUCCCGCAGCAGAGCGCCGUGGGCUCGGCCGGAGCUCCCUACGUGGGAGCCGGCUCCGGGGGCGCCUUUGGAAGCCGUGGGGGCUCCGGGGGCUUCGGGGGCUUCGGGGGCUUUGGGGGCUAUGGCAUCUCUGGGGGUUUUGGCGGUUUUGGGGGCUAUGGCAGCUGCGGCCGCGGUUCCCGGUCCUUCGGGGGCUCCUGCGGGCCCUGCUAA